AUGGGCAACGAGACGGGCGGCCCGCGGGCGACCACGCCAGGGCAGCAGCUCCGCGCUCUCUUCUACGUGCUGCCGCCCGGAGAGAGCUCCUUCCGCACGGUGGAGGAGGUGCCCGACUACGUGGAGAAGAGUAUUCCAUUCUUUAUUGCUUUUAUUGGGCUGGAGUUUGCUGUCAGCUGGGUUCAGAAGCGUAAGCUGUCAGGUCGGAUCAAUGAUGGUAUAAGUUCUCUUUCUUUAGGUAUCCUGUCUCGACUGCCAGAUGUUUUAUUCAGAAGUGUUGAUUUAAUUAGUUACAUCUACGUAUGGAAUAACUACAGACUCUUUGAACUGCCCUGGGACUCGCCAUGGACGUGGUAUUUGACACUCCUGGGAGUGGACUUUGCAUACUACUGCUUUCAUCGCAUGAGCCAUGAGGUUAAUAUACUGUGGGCAGCGCACCAAGUACAUCAUAGUUCUGAAGAUUACAACUUAUUCACAGCCUUGAGACAAUCUGUACUGCAGAAAUACACCUCCUGGAUUUUAAACUUGCCCAUGGCUCUUUUCAUCCCCCCUUCAGUGUUUGCUGUUCAUCUGCAGUUUAAUCUACUUUACCAGUUUUGGAUACAUACAGAGGUUAUCACCAACCUUGGGCCUCUGGAGUGGAUUCUUAAUACUCCCAGUCAUCACAGAGUUCAUCAUGGUAGAAAUCCUUACUGUAUUGACAAAAAUUAUGGCGGCACACUCAUUAUCUGGGACAGGAUAUUUGGAACAUUUGAGGCAGAAGAUGCAAAAGUUGUAUAUGGCUUAACACAUCCAGUAAAUUCAUUCGAUCCCAUCAUGCUCCAGUUACGUCCCUUGGCUCAUAUUUGGAACACAUUUUGGGCCACACCUGGAUUCUGCAACAAGCUUUCUGUCAUAUUCAAAGGGCCAGGCUGGGGACCAGGCAAACCUAGACUUGGCCUUCCUGAGGAAAUCCCAGUGAUCACUGGAAAAGAAGUUCCCUUCAAUCCAAGUGUACCAGCUUAUCUUAAUUGCUAUGCAGUUGUACAUUUUGCUGUAAUAAUGGACUUGUUUACUGAACUUCUUGGUACUGUGACUGCGUUAUCACAGGGAACUAUUCUCCUGAGAAUUGGCUUUAUCAUUGUGUCCCUGACCUCUUUCGGACUACUUAUGGAGAACAGGCCCAAAGCAGGAAUUUUUGAAAUCGUCCGCUGCUUGGUCUUUGUAGGUGUAUACAAACUUGGCUACUUAAGGAGUCAGUUUUCUUCCUUCGGCUAUGCAUAUGAGGUCUUGUUUUCCCUCUGCGCUGCAUUCUGGGGAAUCCAAAUUAUGAAGCGGAUCACCUCAUCCAAAGACAAACAUCCCUGAAAGAACAGAUCUAACAUCACUUUAAUUAUGGAAACAGCACUUCGGAAUAACCUUCUAAGUUCCAUGGAAUUAAUCAACCAUGAAUCUUACUGAAUUGCAAUCAUUUCACUUAUGAUAGGAGAGGUUUGUGAUUUCAUAUGAAGGUUUGAAAGACUCAUUAGGACGUGUAUUCAUUUUUAUUUGAUUUUUUAAAAAAUAUUUUAUUUCUCCCCAAUUUAAGUAAAAUGUUCAUUCACAACAAAUUUUUACAUUCAAAGGAUUACAAAGUCUUAGAAACCAUGUAAAACUAAUUGCCUUUUGCAGUGAUUUUGUUAGUAAACGUAUGUGAAAAGUAUUUUUCACAAGAGGAAUAAUUAAAAUCAUAUUUGUUAUAACCUGGUACAAAGUGACUGACUGUCUUCCUGUUGAGGCUAAACAUAAACAUAUGUGAAUGUCAGUUUUUCCGUAAUGACUGAAUUACACUAGAAUCUCAAUGUCAUGCCCAAUUCGGUGUUCAUAACAUAUAGCUACAUGAGGAUGAGCAGUCAAGGCAAGAAAAUGAUUAAAAACAGCAUGAUAAAAUAAC